UUUGCAACAUUAUUGCGAACUAAAUGCCCCAGUUAGAACUUAUCUGCUAAAUGUCAACAUGGAAUUGCAAAUCAGUGUUGUUUUUUGUGGGUCACUUUUUCGGUAGUCUGCAAACAGUUUGAUGACUUCCGAGGAUGAACAAGGGGCUGUUUCAUGGGCUGUUUUCUUGCAAACUGGAAAUGUUAGCUAGCUGAGUCGAGGUUAACGGACUUCUUAUGUUAAGAAACUGAACGAUAACCUUUCAUAGGCGUUAGUGAAAAAUAUGACCCAACUCAAAUCAUUAUAUUUAAUAUAUAGGUGUCUUACCAAAUGGUUGUAGAGGUAGAAAGUUUUUUUGGGGUGUACAUGUUGUUCUGUACUAACCCCAAAUUUAAGGGUCGUAUCUAUAUCGGCUUCACGGUAAACCCAGAGCGAAGGAUAGGACAACAUAACGCUGGUCGACAAAAAGGUGGAGCGAAAAGAACUAGCGGCAAGGGACCAUGGGAAAUGGUUCUCAUCAUCCACGGAUUUCCAUCAGACAUUGCAGCUUUGAGGUUUGAGUGGGCAUGGCAGCACCCUCACUACUCGCGUCGGCUGGCGCAUGUGGCACGGCGCGUGCGGCGCGAGUCUAGCCUGCAGUUCCACUGGCGCGUGGCGUCCCACAUGCUGCAGGUGGCACCAUGGAGCCGGCUGCCGCUCACCGUGCGCUGGCUUCGGCCGGAGUACCAUCUCAACUUCGCGCCGGCGCUCUGGCCACCCGCGCACAUGCCCGUGGCCUUUGGGGGGGUGCGGGCCAAGAAGAAGCGCCCGGCUGCAGAGGCGGCAUGCCAGGAGCAAGAAGUGGAGGAAGAGGAUGGAGUGAAGGAAUGCUGCAAGCUCUGUCUGAAAACUGUGAAGUCUGCAGAUAAAUUGUCCUGCUUCCUGCCAUCAUGUGACACAGUGUGUCAUCUGAUUUGCCUGGCCCGGCACUUCCUCAAAUCUGAGCCGGGCCACCUGCUACCAGUAGAGGGCAGAUGUCCCGGCUGCAACUGCUCAGUGCUCUGGGGGAACCUCAUUCGUCACAAAAACGGUUGUUACGGUGACCUGGAAGAAACGGCCACAGUUCCAUCCUCCCAGAGUCAUUGCGCUGCUGAACUGCAACUAUGACCAGUGACCGCGUAUCAGCAAUAUUUAUGGAAGUUCCUGCCAUGUGAUUACUCAUCAAAGACCACAGACCUCUAUUGAGCAGCUAAAAGGGUUGGGUUUGGAAACUGUUGUGGUUGUUCUUUUGUCUCGUGUGUGUGACCUUGUGAUUUCUUGGCAAAGCUCCAGUCAUAAAAAAACUUUAACACGUUUGCUGCUAGGAACCACAGCAACGCAUUACUGCUAACGUGGAAGAACACACAGAGCAUCAAAGAUCAGUGUGGAGAAAUAGACAGAGCACAAGGGCUUUAUAAACUUAACCAUGAAUGUCUACAUCAGUACAAUUUUGUAUGGUAUUUAAGUAUAUUUAAAUUUUGUAAUAAAGCUUUGUGUAAUGAA